CUCAAGCCCUCUACCCCUCAUGCAGUCGCUUGCGCCCCGUGAAAAUAACCUUGGGCCACAGUCCAACCUCCGCAACCACCUCAGAUUCCGGCCGUACUUCAGCUUGCCCUUUCCUGGCUACUGGCGCGAGGACGAGAUGCGCCAGCACUGGUGCUUCAUCGGCGAGAUUGUCCAGGACGUCAGCCUGGUGCGCUUGUCCGUGAACGUGCGCGAUGUAGAAGGCAACGAACUUCUCGUUGCCUUCCACACCAAUGAUAGGGGUGAAUCCUUUCGCGCACGCUGCAUGAGAGGCAGUACUUUCGUACUCUUGUAUGCUAAGCAGUAUAACUUCGUGUUUGGAGAACACGGGUUCCGGAUUGAGGAAGAACAUCUACCGUUCUUAAAGGUGUUCGAUAUCCCACUGGAGUCGCUGCUCAGGAUCAAUGAUAAACUACACGCUGGUGCAUACGCCGACCAAUGCGGCUUGUGCGGGAAACAGGGAGUCAGCGCACGAUGCAGUGGUUGCAGUACGGUUCUCUACUGUGGCAAACGAUGCCAAGUGAGUGCUUGGAAGGCUGCCGUUCCCCCAGGCGGGCACAAGGAAGAAUGCAAAAUUCUCCGGGCUUUAGUCUGGUUCACGCAGAGGGAUUGGUCUACAUUCAACGGGAAGUUUCGAUUCGCUUAGAAUCCACCUCCUUCCGUCCAUCAAGGAUUCCGACAGAGGAUUAUCCCUGAGGUGAAGUCCUUCGCUUCUGCUGUCCUUGCUUUUGCUAGCGUAAUUGUACUGUCAUCGAUCGGGUUCCAUGAUGGUAGAGUUUUGCUAGCGAAAGUACAGCUCAGCAUUGACCUCUUA